GCAAGUGCAUGUCAGCAUAUGUACCUUUCAUGUGCAAGUGCAUGUCAGCACAAGCGUUUGUGCAUCUUUGUAGGUAUUAGCCAGGUUCUACCGGAUCAAUACGGGAUGAACCAACUGCAAGGCACGCAAUGCAGUGGGAAUGCUGUCGACGAACAUCAUAGCAAUGACUGGUUGCAUACGAAUAUGACUUACCAACGACAGUCGACUUACCAACGACAGUCGACGGAUGUGCCUCACAUUGGAAACCUGGCAGGGACCAAUGGAAUGCAGGUUACCCCCACUUCUUAUAUCUAUGGUCCCUCCGUCGAAAUGAGAGAAGCAUUUUCUGAAAAGGAACGUCGGCGUAAAAGGGAAUCAUACUCGGGACUGACAUCGGAGGAGAAAGAUGUUGUCUUGCAGAGAAAUCGUGCUUACAAGAUGGGGAAACGAAGUUCCUUACCCUUAUCAGACCAAUCUGGCAUUGUGAGGGAGUCCAGCGGUUCAAGCCAAAGAUCACCAUGUACACCUUCCAAUCAAGUUCAACUAUCACACACCAACAGCCCUGCAUAUGACAUCAACCAUGAUGAGGAGUCGGAUCCACAUGGAAUAUAUGAGCCAACGGAGCCAGCAACUGAUACACAAGAUAACAUACAAGAGGAACAAACAAUACAUGAUGAUGACGAGGAGUGCAGGCUUUUUAGUGGUACAGGCGACGUGUUCGAAUCGUGGCGAGACACAAGUGUUCUUCCUCCCAGUAAGGCGAAUGAGAUUGUCGAUCCUUAUGACUUCGUGUACCACAAUAUACCAAACAAGCAUCAUGUGUUGAAGCCAGUAAAAGAUUGCAUACAUUGCGGAGCAAUGAGGCUGCAAUAUGAGGGUCCCGCUUUCUGUUGCAGAAAAGGAAAGGUCAAGAUAGCUACCCCUGAAGUUCCUGACGAGUUGCGUCGGUUGUUUACAAGUCAGGUUGAUGCUAAUGCAAAAUAUUUUAGAAAGCACAUCCGAUAUUUCAACACCCAUUUCUCCUUUACAAGGCUUGGAGUCACCCUUGAUAAGACGGUCAGCAAUGCAGCGAGAACCGGUGUGUAUACAUUUGUAGCACAAGGGGCAAUGUAUUAUAAGAUGGACGAUCUGGUGCAUGGUGGUCAAGGACCUAGACAUCUCCAGGUAUACUUCUAUGAUACAGAUGAAACCUUGGAACAUAGAGUCAAGCGCUCUCCAGACCUAGAUAUCAAUAUCAUACGAAAGAUUCUGGAGAUACUAGAGGACAACCCAUAUGUGCAAACCUUUAAGAGCAUUGGAUCCGUUCCGAACCUAGAAGAAUAUAGGAUAUCCCUUAACACAAAUAUAAGGCUGGACCAGCGAAGGUACAAUGCCCCCACAGCUUCCCAGGUUGCAGCGAUGUGGGUUGAAGGGAGUGACCCACAAAACACUUUUGAUAGGCAAGUUGUCCUCUAUGGCAAAGGGGACCGUCCUAUAUAUAUUAGAGCUUACUAUGGUUGCUAUGAUCCUUUGGCGUAUCCAUUAUUUUUCCCGAGAGGGGAGACGGGAUGGAACCGCUGGAUACCAUACGAGACACCACCUAAAGUCGGUCAAGAGGACAACGACGAUGACAUCGAGCGUGAGGACUUGCAAGGUAUAGAUCGGAGUUCAAAUGUACAUGUGGAACAAAACACAGAUGAGAUAGCAGAUGAUGAAGAGGACCACGAUGAUGAUGCAACCGGAGGGUCCAGAAAAUUUGUCAGCGCAAGGGAGUACUACUGCUUCAAGCUACAAGUCAGAAAAGGACUUUUUAACAUUAUACGUGGGUUCCAGCAAUGGGCAGUCGACAUGUACAUCAAGAUGGAGACUAUGAGACUUGAUUUCUUCUCUGAUCCUAAGAAUCAAAAGCGCAUUCGUGCUGAUCUAUACCAGGGUGUAGUUGAUGUCAUGGAUGCUGGAGAGACAAGUGGUUGCCGGGUUGGUAAGAGAAUCGUGCUUCCGAGGACUUUUCCAGGAGGUGAUAGAGACAUGCAGCGAAGAUUCCUUGAUGCGAUGGCGAUAGUCCAACGGUUCGGAAAGCCUGAUUACUUUAUCACAAUGACUUGCAACCCGCACGGGGAGGAGAUUACAUCCAGACUUGAACCCGGGCAGACACCACAAGACCGUCCAGACCUUGUGGCGAGAUACUUUGGUGAGGUUGUUGCAUAUGUCCAUGUUACCGAGUUUCAAAAGAGGGGGCUACCACACGAGCACAUGCUUCUAAUCAUGAGCUCGGAUAGCAAGCUAACAAACCCAGACGGAUACGACAAGGUGAUAUCAGCAGAACUUCCUAACAAGGACAAGUACCCUGUAUUGCAUGCUCUGGUGGUCAAACAUAUGCUCCAUGGACCAUGUGGUGCUCUUAGGAAAAAUUGUCCCUGCAUGAUAGAUGGUCAAUGUCGGUUCCGCUAUCCUCGGCAGUUUUGUGAUGCCACACAACAAGGAAAGGACUCAUAUCCUAUCUAUAGGAGGAGGCACGAUGGUCAUCAACUGAAGGUCAGAAGAGCAGAGCUGGAUAAUAGAUGGGUUGUCCCAUACAACCCUGGUCUGCUUAUGCGGUAUAAUUGUCACAUCAAUGUUGAAGCUUGCUCUAGCAUCAAGGCAGUGAAGUAUUUAUUCAAGUACAUCUAUAAAGGACAUGAUCGUGCCUCAUUCUCUGUCGAUCCAGCGGUGGAGGAUGAUGGUCAAGUAAUCAAUGAGAUUAAACAAUAUAGGGAUGCUAGGUUCGUGGGGCCACAGGAGUCUAUCACAAGGAUUUGCAGUUUCCCAAUGUUCGGUGUCUCUCCCUCUGUUCUCCAACUGCAACUUCAUUUGGAAGAUAUGCAGCCUGUCACAUUCAGAGAUGGCGAUAAUCUUGAUGACAUCAUCAACCGGCCCUCUUCUUCCAGUACCAUGCUCACUGACUUUUUCAAGAUGAACCUGGUGGAUCCUUUUGCGAGGAACUUCUUAUACAAAGAGUUCCCAGAAUUCUACCGGUGGAUCAAGGGUGAGAAGAAGUGGCAGAAAAGAAAAUUAAAGGGGCGGGGGCAGAUUGGAAGAAUUGUCUAUGCGCAUCCUGCUGAAGGUGAGAGGUACUUCCUUAGAGUGCUCAUGAAUCAUGUGAGAGGUGCAACAUCAUUUGAGGAUAUGAAAAGUGUAAAUGGCAGGCCUUGCUUGACUUUCAGAGAAUCAUGUGAGCGAAGAGGUCUCAUAGAGACCGACAAGUCAAUUGAUGAUUGCUUGACCGAGGCAGCUACUUUCCAAAUGCCGUAUGCUCUAAGAAGGAUUUUUGCAACUAUUCUGGUGUUCUGCGAGGUCACCCAGAUCCGAUCACUGUGGGAGAAGCACCUUCAGUCAAUGUCUGAGGACUACCGUCGUAACCAGCCCAACCAGGCCGCACUAGAGCAGAUGGUCCUUAGAGACAUUAGGGAUCUGGUGCAUUCCAUGGGAAAAGAUAUUACCAGUUAUGGACUCCCGGAUUUGGAUCUGCAGGAUGAUGAGUGUUCGAAUGGAGAUUCCAGAGAGAUACAAGAGAAGUUGUCGGUUACUUUUGACAAAGAAAACAGAAACAUGUUUACAUCUCUUAACAAAGAGCAGCGUGCUGGAUUUGAUGAAAUCCUCUCUCAUGUUCUCAACAAAAGGAGCCAGAUUUUCUUUGUUGAUGGUCCGGGUGGCACGGGGAAGACAUAUCUAUACAAAGCAAUCCUUGCAAAGGUCCGUUCCCUAGGUCAAAUAGCUAUUGCUACAGCUACAUCUAGCAUAGCGGCAUCGAUCAUGCCUGGUGGGCGCACCGCCCAUUCCAGGUUUAAAAUUCCGAUUAGGCUCACUGACAGCAGCACAUGCAAUUUCACCAAGCAGAGUGGUACCGCAAAGCUGCUCCGUAGGGCAUCUUUAAUAAUCUGGGACGAAGUUGCCAUGACGAAGCGGCAAACUAUUGAGACGCUGACAUCAUGGGAUCUGAUUUACCUUUUGGGGGCAAAGUCGUGGUGUUUGGAGGAGAUUUUAGGCAGGUCCUCCCCGUUGUAA